AGUUUAUAGGUGAUCCUAUUCAGAACCGCUUUUAUAGUCACUCUUAAGGUCACUAACAGCUAAUAGCGCGCUAUUAGCGAAAAAGCCUAUUCAGAACCGCUUUUAAGCAUUUAACAGCGCACUAUUAGGCACCAUCUUGGGACUAACAGCGAGCUAUUCGAAGAUGUGGGCAGGGACAUAUUUGAAGUGACAGGUCGCUCAAAUAUGGCGGAACAAAUAGAGGCUAUUGCUGAAGUGGACGAAGUCCGCGAAGUUAAUUAAAUGAGAGUAAGAAAUCCGCAAGUUUUUCGAGAGAGACGUAAUCCGUUUGAAUUGUUUAGUGAUCGUGAAUUUCGAAACAGAUAUCGCUUAUCGAAAGAUAGUGUACGAUUUGCGAUCAGUCUAGUGGAAGAUAGGUUAGUGUCUCAUGCCGGUCACCACACCGACAUAUCCCCAGCAAUGCAGGUGCUUGUAACCCUGCGGUUCUAUGCUAAGGGAUGCUACCAGACAGAAUUAGGAGAUUUGCAUGGCAUUUCCCAGCGUAGCGUAUCCAGAAUAGUUGCAAAAGUAUCUGAUGCUAUUGCUGCACUGCUUCCACGAUUUGUUGUUUAUCCAGCUAGAAUGGAAGCUCUUAAAACGGAGUUUUACAACAUAGACUACUUUCCUGGGGUUAUGGGCUGUAUUGAUUGCACCCACAUUGCAAUAAAAAACCCCAGUUGGGAGCGAGCUAUGUUGUAUGUUAACCGUAAGGGUUAUUAUUCUAUCAACGUGCAAGUAGUGUGCGAUGCUCAGAGACGAAUUCUGGAUAUUGUUGCUAAAUGGCGAGGCAGUGUUCAUGAUGCACGUAUAUGGGACUCGUGCUCUCUGAAGGAAGAGCUUGAGGCCUCGAGGAUAAAGGGAUUCUUGCUUGGGGAUGCUGGAUACCCAUGCAAGCCAUACCUUCUAAAACCGAUCCAAUCUCCUCAAACUCAACCUGAACAGAGGUAUAACAGGUCCCAUAAAUCUACACGCAUAACUGUAGAACACUGCUUUGGGGAAUGGAAGGGCAUGUUUAAAGCCCUUCGCAAUGUCAUGCAGAUAUCCCUUCCGACAGCGAAAACAGCCAUCAUUGCCAUGGCUGUUUUGUUUAACAUCCGGAAGGAACACCAUGACAAUGAUGGCUAUGAUCCUGAUUCGGAUGAGGAAGAGGCCUGCGAAUCUUCUUCGGAAGGUAUAGAAGAGCAGCCUCUUCCUGAUUCUGUCCUGGUAGCAGGAAAUAUGUUUCGCAGGGACUUCGUGCGAAAACAUUUCGCAUGAAGGAGUUCCUGCAUUGCUGGAGGUGCUGAGGCUCUAACCUAUCUGCCCUAUCUGAUAAUCUGUACACUACCUUUCGAUGAAGAUAUCUGCUAGAAGUUCUACGAAAACUAAACAAUUCAAAUGGAUCAAGUUCCUUUCGAAAAACUUGUGGAUUUCUUGCUCUCAUUUCAAUAAAUGAAACUUUGUUUUACAUUAUAA